AUGAGGCUCCUCAUCGCUCUAUCCGCCGGUCUACUAACCAGCGUCUCAGCCACCCCCGUCGGCACACCCACCCUCACCUCCCGCUCCGCAACCUCCGUCCAAGAAACCGUCAGCCUCUGCACACAAUACGCCUACCACUCCGCAAACGGCUACGAAAUCCUCAACAACCUCUGGGGCAAAGACCAGGCGACAUCUGGCUCUCAGUGCACCUACUACGAGGGCAGCACCGGAAACGGAAUCAAAUGGAGCACGGAUUGGGUAUGGCAAGGCGGCCAGGACCAAGUUAAGAGCUAUGCCUACGCCGGUAAAAUCCUGACCAAAGGGCAAAAGAUCUCGCAGAUUACUAGUAUGCCGACGCAGGUGGAGUGGUCGUAUAAUCAGACGAGCAAUGUGAGGGCGAAUGUGGCGCUCGGGAGGCUGGGAGGCGUAUGGCCUAUCUCGCAAGCUGGAGCCCCAGUGGCUACCGUUACCAUCGCUGGAUACACGUUUGAUCUCUACACCGGCUACAACGGGUCGAUGCGCGUGUACAGUUUCGUACGCGCUGGAAACAGUGAUAUCAAGAGCUUUAGCGCUGAUAUCAAGUUGUUCUUCAACUACCUGGUACAGACCCAGCAGUACCCUGCGAGCACGCAGAAUCUGAUCGUCUAUCAAAUCGGUACGGAAGCUUUCACUGGUGGGCCUGCGAGGUGGUCGGCUUCGAGCUUCAGCCUUGAUGUCAAGGUUUAG